AUGGGCCGGUUCUACUCUAUCUCCGUGGCCAUACUGGCGGCUACGGGGUCCUUCCUGUUUGGAUAUGAUAGCGGUGUCAUGACGGAUGUGAUUGACUCGCCGAAUUUCUUGCGCUACUUCAAUACUUCGCAGACGUCGGCUAUAAUUGGGGCUAUCAAUAGCACGUACUCGGGCGGCGCGGUGAUCGGCUCCCUGCAAGGCGGAUUGACAAUGGAUCGCUUCGGCCGCAAGUUCACCAUUCAACUGGGCGCGGUAAUCUGUGUCAUCGGCGCAACGCUGCAGGCGGCUGCACAGAAUCUAUCCAUGAUCUUGGUCGGUCGUAUACUGGCAGGCUGGGCCGUGGGGCUGAUGUCGAUGUCGGUGCCGGUGUAUCAAGCUGAAUUUGCCCCACCCCGGUCUCGAGGCUUGAUUGUUGGAUUGUCGCAGCAGAUGAUUGGUAUUGGAUUUAUCGUCAGCACAUGGAUUGGAUACGGAUCUCUCCAUGCAUCAGCUGAGAGCCAGUUCCAGUGGCGCUUCCCACUGGCUUUCCAAGUCGUGCCUGCAUUAAUCCUGGUCGUAGGCAUGGGUUUCCUACCAGAGUCCCCACGGUACCUCAUCGAGAAGGAACGUUUCUCGGAGGCGAUGCAAGUUCUCCGAAAGAUGCACUCGGAUGGAAGCAACGACGAUUGGAUCGAGACAGAGUACAACGGAAUCUGCAGGGCCAUCGAGGCCGAGAAGGCCAUCGCUUCACCCGGAUGGUUUCCCAUGUUCACCGUCCCGCAGUGGCGUACACGCAUGCUCCACGGCCUCGCCGUUCAGGUCUUCACCCAAAUGACCGGAAUUAACGUGAUUAGCUACUACCAGACGAUCAUGUACCGGGCACUGGGCUUUACGGGCAGCAGGAACACGCUCGUUGCGGGCCUCUACAACUGCGUCGGCCCGCUCGCCAAUCUCAUCUUCCUAGUCUUUUUCCUCGAUCGCGUCGGACGACGCAGACCCAUGCUCAUCGGCACGAUCGCCAUCUCUCUAGCGCUGAUCUGCGAAGCAGUACUGAACUCACAGAAUCCGAACGGUGAGCGCAUCGCGUACAGCAUCGGCGGUGUGUUUUUCUUGUUUGCCGUGUCGAUCGCUUUUUCCAUGUCUUUUGGGCCCUGCAGCUGGGUCUAUAUGGCGGAGGUCAUGCCGAUGCAGAUUCGCGGCAAGGGCAAUGCCUUCGCUGUCGCGGUCGGAAACUGGGGGGUCAGUACGCUGUGGAAUCAGGUGUCGCCCGUCGCGCUAGAUCGGCUGCAGUGGAGGUUUUACUUUGUCUUUGUGGCGUGGAAUCUCUGCGUGUCGUUCCCCGUGAUCUUCUUCUUCUUUCGGGAGACCAAACUGAAAACGCUUGAGGAGAUCGAUUUGCUGUUCGACCAAGUGCCGGGGAUCAUAUCCGAGAGCGAUGAGCUUGGAAUGGAGAAGGAUUUAGGGAUGUCGGCGACGAUAGAGAAUAUUGAAAUACACUAG